AUGAAGAUCCCCUACAGCCAAGUCCAUGUCAACAGCGACAUCAUCUUUGCCGGACGCUCAGGUCAGAUCCAGACCUUCAAUCUCAAGGAUGGAUCUCUGAUCUUUACAUGGAAGCAUCCCGACGUGGGCAAAGUAGCGGAAGCCGUCAGCAAGAAUGCCCAGGCAGCUGAGAAAGAGGAGAAGCCUGACGCUGUUGCGGCGGCGGCGGCGGCGGAUAUUGCUCCCAAGGAGCAAGAGCAGGAGCAAGGGCAGGAACAGGAGCAGGAAGAAGAUGGGCCCCCAGCCAAGCGCCAGAAGAUGGCAGGUGACAAGGUACCCGCAGAUGAGACGGCCUCAGCUUCAGCAGAAGCAGCAGCCCUCAAGAACGGAAAGAAGGACGACGGCGAAAAGGCCUCGAAGAAGAACCACAAGUUCAAGAAGGCGGUCCGUCCGCCGUUCCGGGUGCCCGAGCGGCCCAUUGUGACGCACCUGACCACUACCUCGGACGGCAAGUAUCUCGUCGCCGUGACGGGCCACGACAAGGUCAUCUGGGUCCUCGAGCACGACGGACAGGGCCGCCUGACGCAGCUGAGCCAGCGCGCCAUGCCCAAGCGGCCCAGCGCUGUGGUCGUCGCACCGGGCGCCAACGGCGACGACGACACGCAGAUCCUGUGCGCCGACAAAUUCGGCGAUGUCUACUCUCUUCCGCUAGUGCCCGCGGCUGGGGCCCCCGGCGCGGCCGUGACACGCCCGGCCGCCAGACCCCUCCGGCAGCCCGCGGCCAACGCGCUGACGGUGCACUCUAAGAGGAACCUCGAAGCCCUGCGCGACCAGCAGAAGCAGCUGGAGCUCGACCGAGCACGCCUCCUCGAGGCCAAGGACAAGGAGGCCGAGGGGAGCAGCGGCAGCAGCGGCGGUGCCGACGGGAAGCGGCCCACUCCUACCUUUGAGAUGACACUGCAGCUCGGCCACGUGUCGAUGCUGACGGACCUGGUCGUGGCGCAGGAUGACAAGGGCCGCCGGUACAUUGUCACGUCGGACCGCGACGAGCACAUCCGCGUCUCGCGGUUCAUGCCCCAGGCCCACGUCAUCGAGGGUUUCUGCCUAGGCCACACCGAUUUCAUCGGUGCUAUGGCCGUAGCCGGCCCAUCCAGGCCGGACGUCCUCGUCUCUGGCGGGGGCGACGACCACCUCAUCGCCUGGGACUGGCGUCAGGCCAAGCCCCUGGCCAGGGCCAACGCACUCGCACUCGCCCGGACCGUCGACCCUGCCACGCCGCACGUGGCCAUCUCGAAGAUAUACACCUUUGUCUAUCCCGGUGAGGCAGGCAAGCAGCUCACAUAUGUGGCUGUCGUUUCUGAGGGAGUCAAGGCCAUUCUCACCUGGCAGCUAGCCUCUGACAACACCUUCAUCAACCCUGGAGCCAUCCAGCUCCCCGGAACGCCCCUCUCCCUGGCCGUCGUCGCCCCCAGCACAGAAGAGGGAGCUCCAUCCAGGAUGAUUGUGGCCAUGGAACCAGAUGUCGCCACCCCGACCGCUAAGAGCCUCUGCUUGUUCACCCUAACUACGAGCGAGGGGAGGCUAGCAGUCGACCAGAUCUCCGACGAGAUUGGCGACUACGCCAUCGCCGGCGAUGGCGAAAGCCACCUCGAGGCCUCUGAGGAAGAGGUGCAUGGUCUUCUGUACGGUAUCGGUGGUCUAAGGAAGCAGAAGAUCCUCGAGGCUGAGGGCGAGAUAGAAGCGGAGGCAGAAGUACCAGAGGGCGGCGAGUCCGAGGUACUAGACGAUGAUGUCGUGGAACAAUAG